AUGUCCGUGGUCACUAGGUCUAAAGCGAAGAGCGGCUCUUCGGGUGCAGACAGUAAUGAGGACGAAAGUGGCGAAGAGUUAACUUCGGGAACAGCUGACGAGGCAGUGGGCAUUGGCCCAUCAGAUAGGACCCUCGAAAUACUGAAACUCCAACUGGAGAUUGAAAGGGUAAAGCUGGCGCAGGUUCAGAGCAGGAGUGAAAGGGGUUCGAGGGACUCGACAAAAAUGGGGGAGCUCGCGAAAGAACUCCGCGCCGUCCUCGCGCCGAUGCCGGAGUCUGGAGCCCUCGCUCCGGCAUGGUUUAAGAGCGCUGAGACGAUGAUGAAUAGCUGUGAGACACCCGAGGAAGCGCGAGGAGCGAUCAUUUUGCCGUUUCUCGGAGAAAAUACCAGAGCAAUGGUCGCUAGUCGAGCCGGCGGUAGAGUGCUCUCUUUCAUGGAGCUGCGUGAGCUGGUCCUUUCGGAGCUAAAAAUGACUCCGGAAGAGUACAAGCGGAUAUUCUACAAAACACGCAAGGAGAGCGCGGAGUCGUGGUCUCAGUUUGCAACCCAGCUCGACAUUAUGUUCGGCUAUUACUUAGAAAGCAGGGAGGUUGAGACAGUUGAUGAACUGCGGAAAUUGAUAAUUUCAGACCGAAUGAAGCAUCUCAUGGCGGAGGACGCGCGCAUGUAUGUCCUGCGAAAUGAGACUAAGGACUGGCUAAGGCCAAAGGAGCUCGCGCAGCUGGCUGAAAGGUUCGGGGAAAGUAAACGGGGGACUCGUGGAGGCCUCGAGAAACGUGAGAGCACUGGGAAACAAUUUGUUCCAAAACAAGACCAGAGGUCCAGUAAGGGGACAGCUGCAGGAAGAGGAACAUGGGAUCGAUCGAGCGCUGUCAGGUGCCAUACAUGUGGGAGGCAAGGACACUAUCGCAACGAGUGCCCGCAGAGCAGGCCCGUCUGA